AUGGACGGAGAACCGUUCAUAGCAGACGUCAGGGUGAACGGCACAGACUUCGUGCCAUCUCUUGUCGACUAUGGCUGCCUCUGCUACGGCGCGGUUAGCAAGCGCACAUUUCACUCUCUCCAGUUGCCACAUAUACGCGUCCAGCCGCGCAUCUUGGAGAAUGCAGCGGGAGACGGCAAGGAGGUCAAAAUCGACAAGAUCACGUAUGUGUCGAUCGACCUCGAUGGACAUCAGCAGCAUCGUGUUUUCAUGUACGUCAUCGACGAUCUGAACUGGGAUAUGAUCCUGGGUAAACGAUGGAUGGAAGACCAGGAUGUUCACAUCCAUGCGAAGGAAGGAUAUCUCGAGAUCGGGUCCAAUGGAGUUCAAUACCACAAGUGGUCUCGAGCUUUCUCUCAGCAACUGGCCGACCAGCUGCCCCCUCAUCGGCCAGGUGUGGACCUGAAGAUCGAAGUGCUGAAAGACGAGCAUGGCCGAGAGAAGCCCCUACCCUGGGGACCGCUUUACAGCAUGUCCCGCGAGGAGCUAUUGGUACUACGGAAGACUCUCACAGAACUACUCGACAAGGGAUUUAUUAGAGUCAGCAGCUCGCCAGCCGCGGCACCAGUCCUUAUGAGGGACCGCUAUCCCUUGCCCUUACUGAGCGAGACCUUGCGAACGAUAGCCAAGGCAAGGUGGUUCACCAAGGUAGAUGUUAUAGCAGCGUUCCAUAAGAUCAGGGUCGCCCCCGGCGACGAGGAAAAGACAACUUUCAGAACGCGCUAUGGAUCCUUCGAAUGGCUGGUAGUUCCAUUCGGCCUGACAGGCGCACCAGCAGCCUUUCAGCGGUACAUUAACAGCGCGCUCCAGGAUUACCUAGACGAUUUUGUGUCAGCAUAUAUCGACGAUGUCCUGAUCUUCUCCUCUGGAAGCCUGCAAGACCACCGCGACAAGGUCGGCAAGGUCCUCCAACGACUGAUGGACGCCGGGCUGCAACUGGAUAUCAACAAGACGGAGCCGCUAACGCGGCUAACGAAGAAGGACGUGCCAUUCCGUUGGGAUGAAUUGUGCGAAGAAGCCUUCGAGAAGCUCAAGGACUUGUUGAUCACGGCCCCGAUCCUUGCACACUUCCAUCCAGAAAGGGAGACUAUCGUGGAAGCAGACGCUUCCAGGAUUCGCAAACAUUCGGCAGCCGAAGCGAACUACGCUAUCCAUGACAAGGAGCUACUCGCCAUUCUCAGAUGUUUGGAGCAGUGGGAACCAGAGCUACGGGCAGUAGAGCACUUCAAGAUCCUAACGGACCACAAGAACCUGAGGUACUUCUACUCGGAAAGGAGGUUGACAGAGAGACAAGUGCGGUGGUCGGAGUUCCUGUCCAGGUUCCAAUUCGAGCUCGAAUGGAGGCCGGGCCGCAAGGGCGGAUUGCCUGACGCACUCUCUCGACGGGACCAGGAUAUGCCGGCCAACUACUCCGAUGAACGACUAAAGGGACGCAUUAUGAGGCUAUUCCAAAAUGAUCACCUUAGAAGGGUCCCAAUAUCGACAUUGUCUACCAACACCGAGGGUGCCCAGGAAAUCAACUUCGGAAAAGAGAUCAGGAUAUUUGAAGAUGAGGAGUUACAGCAGCUGUGGCACGCCGCACGAGAACGCGUCUGGAUACCCGGUUCGGAGCCGCUACGUACAAAGAUCAUCCAGGAAACUCACGACUCUCAUAUCACCGGACAUCCUGGAAGGGACCUCACGUACUCGACUCUGUCGAGACGCUUCUUCUGGCCGGGUGCCGCUAGCGAUGUACGUCGGGAUACAAAGAAAGGACUCCUAAAGCCGCUCCCUAUUCCGCAACGCAUAUGGAGCGAAAUUACCAUUGACUUUAUUACUGACCUCCCACCGUCGGGGAAAGAUGGCGCGACGAACUGCAUGGUGGUCACGGACCGACUCACCAAAGGCGUCGAACUCGAAGGAUUGAACGAUAUUUCCACAGAAGCGGUUGCAAGAAGACUCUUCGAACGACACUACCCUGUCCAUGGCAUCCCAACGGCUAUAACCAGUGAUCAGGGUCCCCAGUUUGUCAGUGGAGAACUGGUUAGACUUGCUUCCAAUCGCGAUGGCGACUAUUAA